UAAAGAAGUCACCCUGUUAAAACAGAGAACGUAUAUUAUAUUAUGAUAUACGCUCUCUGACAAGGGCCGCAACGAUUUAACAAACAAAACAAACGAUUGCAUUGAAUGUAGGCAACGAGUUGCCUCAGCGAAUUGGCUCAAAUAAAAUUAAUAGAACAAUCGAGAACGAUUGAUGUGAACAUUUUUUGACAGGCGUUUCGGCCACGGAUAAAGUCUUAAAUAUUGUAAAUAAUUUGGUGGAAACUUUACUAUAACACACUAAUCAUGACACGUGGAAAUCAAAGAGAUCUUGCCCGCCAAAAAAACCAGAAAAAGAAUCAGGAACUGGGUAAGGGAAAACGAAAUGAUAAUUUGACGGUGGAACAAAGAAAAGCAAGAGAUGCUGAGUUGAUGCGAGAAAAACAGAAAAAGAAAGAAGAGGAAGCUCGUGCGGGUGCCGCAGGAAAGAGUUAAAUAAUCUAAUUAAAUAAGUCGCAGCAAAAUAAAUUAUAGCAGCCAUAUUUAAUUUCUAACUAGUUGAGGGCAUGAGUGAAAGAAUACUAAAACGUAAACACAAACCAUAAACAGCUAAAUCUUUUACUACGUAAAGGCAGCAAUCACUCAGAAAAUAAUUUAGCAAAUUAGCAAUCAAUAAAUUCCUGUACAGAUUGUUGAUGCCUACCCACACAUGUAGAAACCAUAUAUUUGUUUAUUUCAUUAUUUUUUUUUUUUUACAUGUACCAGUAAGUUUCGCCUAUAUUUUCUCUAAAACAUGAUGAUUGACGUUAUUUUUACCUGACUAAAUUUUAACAUUUAAGAUGGAAUAAAAUGUUUUGAAAAUUCAAAGUUAUACCUACAACAAUUUUGAAAAACGAAAACCAAAAAUGUUUAGAUAACGAUUAAAGUUGAAAAGGGAGGCUAGAAUUAGCGUCAUGAGUAAAUAACACGACCAACAUGCAAAAAUGAAAUGCACGUCAUAAACAAGGGCGUAAAUGAGAGAGAAAUUAAAGAAUUAAAUUAGAAAUUAGUUACUUAGUAUUUUAAGGCAAUAUAAUGCAAAACAAAAAAUUAUAUACAAAUAAAUAUGCGAAAUCUAAGCUAAGUAAGAGUCUUAUUGAUUCGCAAAUCAGUUGAAUAUAAAUA